AAACCGUGUCGCUAUGAAUUAACGGUCCAAGGGCCCAUAACUAUAAUUGAUGCCUACUUAUCAACUUCCGGUCAACUGUCAAAGAAAGUCAAAAUGCCUCACGUUCUUAUUAGCACUCAGAUCCGUUUGGAAAGUGGUCCAACAGUUGUUGGAGAUGAGUGGAGUGAUAAGAAACUGAUGGAACACCUAGGUGCCUCUAUGAUGAAGACAUUAGGAAACAAUUUUAUGGAGUAUCGUACACCUGACCCUCCCCGUGUGGUGCUGGAUAAGCUAGAGAAGCUAGACUAUCAUGUGGUAGCCAUGACUGGCAUCGGCCAGACAUGCAUCUGGACCCUACACAAACCAGACCACAACACACUCGAUAAAAAGGUUACCACCUCCAAAGGUGACAGUUGACUUGGGUAUAGAGAUAUUACAUAGACAACAGGCAAUUUAGGAAGAAGACCUUCAGCAUUAUAUGAAAUCUAUAUGUAUACACAGCAUAGAAAGAAAUAAUGAAAAUAAAAUCACAGUAUUAUACAACAUGUGGAUAAAAGUAUCUAGCAGGAAAAUAUUGGAAGUGUAACUUUAUACAAUAAGGGACCACAAACUACCCAAGAGUAUGAUUUUGAAAAAAAAACCAAAAAAAAAAAACCCAAUAGAUUUAAUGUUUGCAUAUUGUCUUAUUAUUCAGACAACAUAUCAUACAAAUGUUUAAAGAUAUUUCUGUAACUUUUUGCUUUGUAAUGUGGAAUCAUAAUGGUGAUAGAAGAUACAAUUUCAUGCAAAGUCAUCAAUCCUUUGAAGAUGAAAUUUCACAAAUACAUUCAAUCUGAAUGGUAAUGCUGUAUUUUUACUCGAAUAAGCACCCUCUCCUAGUGUUAAUGUUAAGUACCAAUUAAUACUCAAAUAAGCCCUCUCCUCUUGUGUUUGAGUUUAGUACCAUAUUUAUCCUGAAAUAAGCCCCCUCCCCUAGUGUAAAAGUUUAGUACCAUAUUUAUCCUGAAAUAAGUCCCCUCCCCUAGUGUUAAUGUUUAGUAAUGUAUUUAUCCUCAAGUAAGCACUCUCUUCUUUUGUUAAAUUAAGUACCAUAUUACUCCUCAAAUGCCCCCUCCCCUAGUGUAAGUUUAUUCCCAUAUUUUCCCUCAGGUAAGUCCCCUCCCUUAGUGUUAAAGUUUAGUAUGGUAUUAACUCUAGUAUCUUUUAAUAAAGCCUUCCCUAGUGUAAAAAAUACUGCUGUAGAAAUCUUCAAAUAAGGCCCCCACAUCUAGUGUAAAAUUUCAGUAUUUAAGUUUGGGGAGGCCUUAUUUGUGAACCACAUCUAGCUUAAUAAUUUCAAAUUGUUGAUUCUGCUAAAAUGAAGAGAGAUUUGUAUGUUUGGAAAGGGCUAAUUUGUAGGAAGGGGCUUAUUUGCAUAUAAAUACAGUACAUGUUUGGCUAUGAGGGUUUCGGAAUGAUUAAUGCAGUACUAUUUGUUUACUCAAAAUAACAUUAUAUGGUUGAUAAAAUUACAUUCGGUGUUUGAUGAAAACCCACAGAUAUCAUCAUUUUGAUGGUCUGUUACAGCAAUGAUUAAACAGAAUAUGAAUAUUAAUAAGCUUGUAAUUGGACUGUCAGCAUUUUUGCAUUUAAUGUUAAAUAUCACUGGCCAGUCCUUAUCUGCAAAGGAAAGGGUUUCACUACCAAUGUCCAUAUGCAGAGAUUUAUUUAUUGAAAGGGAAAGUGCAACUCCUGUUUUUGAGGAUACCAAACUCUUGAUUUGUUUUAUAUUAUAUGUCAGUCAUUUUGGAACCGUUGACACUUUCCAAAAAAAAAAAA